GGCUGAAGCUGAGGUGAAGUUCUCAGGCUUGCAUGACAGUUCAAAAGGUGAAAAUACCACCCUAACGAUGCUGAAUGUGAACACACACUGCACCUUGGUUACUCGCUAACUUGCCUGGAUAGGGUGAGAUUCCUGAGCUCCAGAUAAUAUAAAUCUCGCUGCCAUUCAGCUCUUGACCUUCUGAUGGAUGAAGACCCUAACGCUGCAAAGCCUUGUUCCCAUGGCAAGUCCUGCGGUCAGCCCCGAUUCUUCCUCUUCUGAUAACCUCAGUCCAGAUGAAUUGGAACUACUAGCAAAGCUCGAAGAGCAAAACAGGUUGCUGGAAGCAGACAGCAAAUCAUUGCGGUCGGUGGAUGGAUCACGGCGGAACAGUAGCGGCUCGCUUGUGUCGAGCUCCUCGGCUUCGAGCAACUUAAGCCACUUGGAAGAAGACACAUGGAUUCUGUGGGGCCGCUUGAUCAAUGAAUGGGAGGAAGUGCGCAAAAAGAAAGAGAAACUGCUGAGGGAGCUGAUUCGGAAAGGAAUCCCACACCAUUUCCGUGGGAUUGUUUGGCAGUUGCUAUGCAAUGCAACUGAUAUGCCUAUGAAAAACCAGUAUUCAGAGUUGCUAAAGAUGACCUCUCCUUGUGAGAAGUUAAUCCGGAGAGACAUUGCACGGACCUACCCUGAGCACGACUUCUUCAAAGGUCAAUACAGUCUCGGACAAGAGGUGCUGUUCAAUGUCAUGAAGGCUUACUCUCUGGUUGACCGUGAAGUUGGAUAUUGCCAAGGAAGUGCAUUCAUUGUGGGGCUGCUGCUCAUGCAGAUGCCGGAAGAAGAAGCGUUUUGUGUGUUUGUGCGUUUGAUGCAGGAGUAUCGACUAAGGGAGCUCUUCAAGCCCAGUAUGGCAGAGCUGGGUCUCUGCAUCUACCAGUUUGAGUAUUUAAUACAGGACCAAUUGCCUGAAUUGAACGUGCACUUUCGCUCGCAGAGUUUCCACACGUCGAUGUACGCAUCUUCAUGGUUCCUCACAAUUUUUCUCACUACGUUUACCCUGCCUUUAGCCACUAGAAUAUUUGACAUAUUUAUGUAUGAGGGAUUGGAAGUAGUCUUUCGUAUUGGAAUGGCUAUCCUUCAGUUUAAUCAAGUCGAAUUGAUGCAACUUGACAUGGAAGGAAUGUCACAGCACUUUCAGAAGGUGAUCCCACAACAGUUUGAUAGCUGUCCAGACAAACUGAUCCUGAAGGCAUACCAGGUCAAGUACAACCCAAAGAAAAUGAAGAAACUUGAAAAGGAAUACACUACAAUCAAAAACAAAGAAAUGGAGGAACAGAUUGAAAUUAAGAGACUGAGAACAGAAAAUCGCCUCCUAAAGCAGCGGAUUGAAACCCUGGAGAAGGAAAGUGCUGCCUUGGCAGAUAGAUUGAUCCAGGGACAAGUAACCAGGGCGCAGGAAGCAGAGGAGAACUACAUCAUCAAGCGAGAGCUGGCUGUAGCAAAGCAACAGUUCAAUACAGCCAGUGAGAAACUAGAACAAGCACACAGCACCAUUCAGGAGCUGAAGGAGCUCAGGAGUGAGCAUCAUCAGAAAGAGGAGCAUGUGAUAGAGUUGGAACAGUCACGGUUGAGAGAAGCAGAGUCACUGACUGCAAUGAAGGAGAUGCAAGACAAGGUCCUGGAAAUGGAAAAGAGGAACAGCAUGCUUCCUGAUGAAAAUAACAUAGCCCAGUUGCACGAGGAAUUAAAUGCACUGAAAUUGCGUGAGUUAGAGGCAGUGACUUCGAUGAAGGAGUUGCACCAACAGGUGAAGGAUUUGGAUGAACACUGGCAGCAACACCUUGCACGGACUGGAAGUCGGUGGAAAGAGUCGCCAAAGAAGAAUGCAACAAAUGAGCUGCACAAUGAGCUGAUGACUGUGCGGUUCAGUGAAGCCCAGGCACAGGCGGAGCUGCGGGAACUGAGGCACAGGGUACUGGAGCUGGAGACACAGAACCAGGUGAACAGCAGCCUCUUGAACCGAACAGAGCAGGCCUGCACUGGUCUGCAGGACAAGCUGCAGUACGUCACGGCACAGAACAAGGGACUGCAGACGCAACUCAGCGAGACCAGGCGCAAGCAAGCUGAGGUGGACUGUAAGAACAAGGAGGAGGUUAUGGCCAUACGGUUUCGGGAAGCAGAUAGUAUUGCAGCCAUUGCUGAACUUCGCCAGCGAAUUGCUGAACUGGAAAUCCAGAAAGAAGCAGGAAGAAUCCAAGGUCAGCUGAACAACUGUGACUCCAAUCAAUUUAUUCGGGAAUUGAAGGACCAGAUCACAGAAUUAAAAACGGAGAUCCAGCUGUUCAAAGGUCAAGGCCACUUCCAGACUCCAUUGAGCUUUGACGGCAUCCACAUUGUGAACCACAUGGUGGAAGACGACGAGUUCAUCCACUCCUCAGACGAGGAUCUCUUGCCGAGCCCCAUGGGAGUGAGCGGUCUCCAGGGAGAUCUGUACCCCAUUCCCCACGGAAACGGCCACUUCCUCCGAGGCCUGGAGAUGUCGGGGAAAGACAGCGACGGCAGCACUGACAGCGAUCAGGAAAACCGAAACUCUGGACUGGAGCUUGAAGUAGACAUGGUCAAUCACAUCAUGUGCAACGACAGUCCAAACAAGGCAUCAUCCAUCUCUACAGCCGUCUAAUGGGGGGGACAUCAUGAUCUAAAUUCUCCUGCAUUCCACCAAGUGAAACUUACUAUAUGUGAGGCAUUCCUGAGCUGCUGCUCCUCUGAUUUGGGUCUGAUAUUUAUUUUUUAAAUCACCCAUCUCCUUCCCUAUUUCAUCCUGACAUUUCUUCCCAGUGAGGGAAAUAGGUGGGGAGCUAGAACGUUGUGAAAGUGGCCCAAUGUCUCUGGUAUGUUUUCUGCAAUCCAGAUGCCAUGAUGGAUGAGUUUGCGGCUCCACUGUGGUGCUCUGUUUUUGUGGAGUAACCCCCAGUCUUCCAUGUGUGUGUUCCAUGUGUAGUGCAAAAAUGCAAGUCAGCACUUAAAGGUUAAGGGUAUGAGCCUGGGAGUUGUUGGAAUUCAGGCCAUGUCUCCCACCGUUGCUCCUUGGCCUGACACAGUGGUGGAUUCUGAAUUUUAAUUCUCAGCAGUAACCCACCAUCGCCAAUAUGCGGUGGACAAACAAGAGGCAGCACAACCCACCUGCAUACAUGUAAUGGACACCUAGUUUGGUCUAGCUGAAAGCACUCGAUACUAUUACAGGGUACCAGAUUGUGAUGAAGCCUAAUGACAAUAGACAGGGUCUAACCCAUCUCCUGAUUGCUUUAGAAUCUCAUUCCACUCAGUAUCUGGCUGAUGCACUGACCUUUGCUAGAACCUAACUAACACGGUGAUUGAAGCUCUGCCUUCGUAGUACAAUACAUGUCCAUCACCGGACAUUGAGUUAACUUCCUAUUAACCAGUUGAAAUUAAGCUUGUUGGUAAACAUAAUGCAGCUCAAGAAAAGUUCCUACAGCUAAGCAACGCACUCUUGAAUAUUCCAGCCUCACUGCUUGCUCAUCUAUUUAUUAAACCAGAAAAUGUUCACUAGCUUUCAUGUCUGAAGUUAUGAAAGUAGACUUUUUUGACAUUAAUCUGUGGACUAUUGUUAGCUUGUUUUAGAGUUUUUAAAUCUGUGGUUGACACAUGUACACACUGCCUGCACUAUAUACCCUGAUCUUAUACCGUUUCCACCUAUUCUGCCCCAAGCAUAGGCAGCUGAAGUCCAGCAUUCUAUAACUGGGUCCUCCUUACUCUUGUCAUUCAGCCGACCUAGUGGACUCCCCACUCCACAGUAAAAAUGUGCAGAUGGUUGAAGUCAUUUCAAGUUCGGUUUCUAAGGCUGGACCAUUGGAUCGUUGAUAGACACAAAAUGCUGGAGUGACUCAGCGGGACAGGCAGCGUCUCUGGAGAGAAGGAAUGGGUGACAUUUCGGGUUGAGACUCUUCUUCAGCAUUUUGUGUCUACCUUUGAUUUAAACCAGCAUCUGCAGUUCUUUCCUACACAUUGGAUCGUUGAUGUCCACUCAACAAACCAGCAUUGUAGCUUCCAUUCAGCAUUUGUUUCACCCAGAGUACACUUACAAAUACCCUCCUGUGAUGUCUCGGAACCCAUUGUGUUACUUAUGCAAAUUAUUGGCCAUUAAUUGUAUUGUAAUCCUUCGGACAAGUAGUACUGGAAGUUUUGCAAAACCACGUCUGCUUUGGUUUUAGCACCUCUGUUACAGAUGACCAUUUGGUGGAUGAAGCAGCACCUUUUGAAGCAAGAUGUGGUCAGCUACUCUGUUCAUUAGUUACCUAUGAAUUACUUUUACAAUGAUGCUCAUUUUAUUUGUGCUGCAUUGAUAUUUUUUCAUCCUUAGCGUCCAUGCUAAACUUUACGAACUGCCUGGAUGCUGGAGUCGCCAUUGCUUGAGGAACACUGCAUGGGAGGAAGGAUUUUGUAGACCCAUGAGCUCUCAUUUGUAUGAAGGUACAUUUGCUCUUCAUGCCAGUAUCCCCAAGGGUGGACUCAAGUAAUCGUCCAACUGAUACAGUAAGCACCCAUCACUUGAUAUUGAAUUGACUUCUGGUUAACCGAUUGGCAUUUGGUCCACUAACAAUAGAAAUUCCCCACUUCCCAGGCAACGUAACUGAGUUGUCAAAUCUCUUGCUUCUUGGAUGGUAAUGAAGCUGAUAAUGUAAAGUGUCCAUACUCCAGUCAUCUGUCCAUAUGUCUGACCACAACACCUCUUCCCUUCUCCAGUGCUGUGUUUUAUUGGAAUCUUGGUAUCUUCAACAUUCUGCCACUCACUGUCCAGGCACAUCGAGUGGGUCCCCAUGCACUUUAUUCCACAUUGCAUCACGAUGAACACAGUUAAUAUAUACCGGCACGUCACUUAAAAUCUCCUGGUCAUUUUAUCAGGACCACGCCACAUCCAGAAUAUUGACUAUCUUGUUUUAGUUGAACUCCUUUUCAUUUUGUCAGUGUCAUGAGCAGGGCAGUGUUUGUCUAUUAGUGAAGAACUGUGUCACUCUGAGGGAGGUGUCAGUGGGGGGAAGGUUAGUUUGGUUGGUCUCUCCCUGCCUCUGCCAAACUUCCUAUUAACCAAGGAACACCUUUAUCGGUGGGGACUGCUUUGGCUGAAUCUAUCCCUGUUAAAUAAUGUAGAAUUAGCCCUUCAGCAUGGCAGUACUUAAGAUAUUGAGGUAAAAUUAAGUUACUGGAUGUGUAUUAUGACGCUCACUGACAUUACAAACCGUCUCAUUUUAGCUCUGUGAAAAGUGCUGACUAUCACGUUUUUUUUCAUGGUUCUUUUCCAACUGUUUUCCAAGCUUAGACAUCUGAGCUCCAGCAUUCUAUAGCUGGGUACCCAACUGCUUGGAGUCGCUCAUUGCCAAUAAACGCACCUCCUCCCAAGAACCAAAGAUCUCGACUAACGCUGAGCAUUAAUGACACUUGGGAGUGGGGUCUGGUGCCAUUAAUCACACGUCAGGAGAAGGUGUGUGCCAUAUGUAUAGAGUCAACCAUUUAGUUUGUGCUGCAGGUAUGUCCACCCCUGAUAUAGAAUGAGCACUCUUUGUUAUUAUAACUGACACAUGACCGCUCCAGUGUUGCCUCGGGCAUCUUGUAACGUCAUUGUUGAGAGCUCAUGCAUUCAUUAGUUUGGGGAUUGGAUUGACAAGUGUUUUGUGUGAUGACGGAUGACUUGGUAUCAGUUUGUGUGGCAGACAUAUUCUCAUUUGUCCCCUCUGUCUCGUUCCCAAAGCCCACACCACCAUCGCACUGUACAUUGUAGACCACUGUUGUAGAACAGUCUCAAGCCGAAACGUCACCCAUUCCUUCUCUCCAAAGAUGCUGCCUGUCCCGCUGAGUUACUCCAGCAUUUUGUGUCGAAGUAGAUACAAAAUGCUUUUGUGCUAGUUGUCUCUGAGCUAGCCGAGAACAGGGUUCAACAAAGUCCCAUGCAAGUAACAGAUAUCACUCUGACUGUUCAUCCCACUUGUCACACACAGGGUACAAAGUCUUGAGACCGCAACACCGUUAGCCCGGGUUCCCAGCCAGCAUUGACCGCCCGGCCCUACAGAGAGAAUAGCCUCUUAGCAAGGCGCAGUAAGUGCAAGCUGCCCUAUUGGCACAUGUCCUAGACACUGCAAUGGUUCUCUCUCUCUGUGUGUGAAGAUUUACUGAACUUUAGGAUUACAUCAGCAAGGCAAUGGGAAGGGGAGGGGGUGGGUGGGAGGUUGUGUUUCCACACAUUGGGGUGUGGAGAAACCAGUGCUCAGAAUUCAAGUGUCAUUGAAAUCAAAGUGGUGUGUGAGAGAAAUCAGUUAUGCAUCUUUCCAAAGGAGAUGUCAUUAUUUAGAGCUUGAACGGCAGCUGCCACUAAUGUGUAUGUGCAAUAAUGGUCACUGGAAUGGCGUCCCAGGGGCCUCUCCCCAGUGCCCUCGUGGGGUCACGGCACUAAACCUGUCCUGGACACUCUUGGUGCUCUUCAUUGCGUGUCAGUCUUGGUGUCCCACCCCAGCCCCAUCGCUCUUACUAAACACGUGGUUAUCGGCAUUCAUUCCAUGGCUAGCGACAUUCGCAAUGAAGGUUAUUUGUCACGUUACGUGUUAGAGCAAGUACUCACCUAACCCGUGAGUAGAAGUCUAGCGGUUCAGGCAGAAUCCCAGGCCUAUGACUGAACUGUACAUAUUCUGCGAUGAUGUAUUGUCAAAACUGUGUAGCAUACCAUUUAUAAAUGAAUUUCUGUUGCAAUGAGUUUCUUUUCAAGUAUCUGUAUUGUCACAUUCAGACCGCCGUGCAUUUUGUAAAGCUGAUGCGUGCUUGAAUCAUGACCAUUUUUAGCUGCUAGUUGUGUAAAUAAUAACUACAGACGCACACUGAACCGUAACUGUAUUUUCACGAGUAGCACAUGCUUUUUUGUGUACUGUGUAAUAAUGAAAGAUUUCCUGAUAAAGACGUGUGUGUGAUACAGAGAUGUUAAACCAAA